GUGCUUACUACUACAACUAUUUUUCUUUGACUUAGCACCCCCACCACUAAGGCCCUCUCCACCAAACUAAAAUUUUCUCAACUCUUCACUUUCAUUUUCUCAUUAAAUCAUCAAUCAAAAUUAAUGAAUUUGAGAAAACCUUUGCCCUCCUCUUAUGCAGCACCACCACCAUCUCCGAUCCCCACGGGGAAAGGAUCGCGUUCGGCUGUCAAUUCAAUGUUUGGAGAGUACAUUGAUCAAUCCAUAAACAUUCCUCAUUUGACUCCCCCAAACUACUCCUCAUCAUCGUUGGAUGCCUGAUGAAAUCAAUUAUCAAUCGAUUUUGCAAAGGGAAAAUGACGCGAUGAUUAGGUUAUUGAGUUCUGCUGCUGAAUUCGGAGUGGUUCGGAUUAUUGGUCAUGGGAUAUCUAGUGAGGACAUAAGAACAUUGUUGAUUGAGAAUGAAUUAUUGUUUCGAUUAAGUGAAAAGUAUGCUAAUUAUGAUAAGUUCCUUUGGGAUUGGUCUGAUGAUGCAAUGGUGCAAAAGGCCAAAUUUGCUUUAGGGGAUGCAAAUUUUCUAAUUUUCAGGGAAAAGUUGGAAGAGGUAUUGAAGAAAUUAAAAGGAAUAGCAAAAGAAGUGGAUGAAAUAAUAAGAUUGAGUGACAAUGAACAAUGUUGGAAAAAAAUAGAUUCAGAAGAAGCGAAAAUGUACAUAUACAGAUGCACUAGAAAUCAAUCAAGCAAUGUGGAUCAAACAUGGCUUCCACCCCACAAUGCAACACUUGAAGAUUCACUUAAAUAUGCAUUGCAUCUAUUUCUUCCAUUGGAACCAAUUGAAUUCUCUAUGCAUUCAAAACGUGGUCGUUUGCCCUUUAACACCACCCCAGACACAAUCAUUGUUACUAUUGGAGAUCAACUUGAGGAAUGGAGUGAUGGAAAAUUCAGGUCUGCAGAUGGAGAAGUAGCCUUGAAGCCAAAUCUUCACAUAGAUCAAACAUUAUUAUCAUUGGAGCUCAAGUGGUCAUUUACUAACCUCAAUAAAAAUGAAAAGAUAAUUACCCUAUCUGAUCAGGUUCUAAUUCUAGUUAUAUUAUUAUUAGUAUACAAAUUGUUUAAUUAUAUAAUUAAUUAAACUGUGCUCCUUCAAAAUACACAACUCCAAAUAAUGUGGUUUCAUUUUUUGUACAUCUUUUUGGUAUUUGUUGCUUAUAAUUCUACUACGUGAGAGAUGUGAAAGGUGGUUUAAUUAACCUUCAACAAAAUGGAUGUACUUUGAACAGGGAUUUGUUUGACAUAAAAAUGUUAAAACUUGUGUUGUGCU